CCUCCCCUUUUUGCCUAUAAAAUACAACAUAGAACGAGUUUGGCAACAGCAGCGUUCAGUUUCUCUGUAUACAAAGAAGUUUCGGUCGAAGUAGCCGAGUGCUUUUAGCUGGGUACAUAGAGGAGGGAAGACAAUGGACGUCACAGGUGUGCCUGCAGUAGGACCAAGCAAGUGGACAGCAGAGAUCACCAACAGAUGCCUAGCAGGGAAUCUUAGCUAGGCAGGUCAACUUAGAAGGUGAAACCUCUUCUGGUUUCCGUAACAGCUUCUUGGGCUUGAUUGCUUGGUCAGCAGCAUGCGGACUCCGACUCCCAUGAUCGUGGGCAUUGUGCUUGGUCCCUGUGGCCUUGUCUUGAACCUGACAAGCACGCUGGCCCCCAGCUGGAGAGAUGUGACUGGAUUCCUUGACAUGUCAACAGAUCUGAUUCAGCACCAAGGGAUCUGGGAUAUUUGCAACGAGCGCAUGAGUACCCGUACAAACGAAUGCAACGUCAAAGACACCCUUGGUUACUUUGACCAGCUGCCUGUGCAAGUGGCCAGAGGGCUCAUGCCCUCUUCUCUGGCAGUCACAGUCGUGGGGCUGAUUGUGACUUCUUUUGGUGUGCGAUGUUGGCAGGAAAUGCCCCACCAUUUGCUCGCGGGGCUAGGCGGCCUGGUGCUCUUUGUUUCCGGCUUGCUGAGUUUGAUUGCAGUUUCGUGGUACAAUUACGAAUUGUAUGACUUACCUUCUCCUCCAUCCACUACCCUGCGGGUGGCCUACUGCUUGGUUCUUGGAUACUUAGGGAGCUGCCUGGAAAUUAUCGGAGGCAUCUCUCUAACUUUUAGCUUUGGCCAAUGCUGCAAAGAGUUGAGAUUGAAGAAAAGCGCCACGAAUUCCAAAUAUUCCAAGAAUUCCAACCAACAGAGCCUGUCAAAUGUUGGAGCAAUCUCUGCCCCCAUCAGCAGCACAGCAGUUCCCAGGCAAUCCCGGAACCCCAUGCCCAGAUCCUACAGCAAUUCUCUGGAUGUGCUAGAAGGGGAGAGGACGUGGAGUAGGAGCAGAAGCGAGAGCAAACUUCCCUGUGACUCAGAUGUUUAGCCCUAAACUUGAGAAUUUGCACAAAGCCAAAGCAAGGAGGAAAAUUCUUGUUAUUGUACUAUGGAAUGCCCAUCCAUUUAAUAUUUCUCCUUCCCUCUUGACAAAUGAAUCAAUGAAAGAACCACUGAGACUCUGGAACAAUACUUGAUUUAUGUAUUUUCUCAGGAUGCUGGUAUACUGCUUAGGCAACAUAUAUUAUAGUCAUUGCACACAGAAAAAAAUACAAAUGGAAUGAAUCAUGCCUUUGACCGGCGCCUGUAUUGUUAGGAGUUUGGAGAUGAAGUAGGCUAAGGAUCCUCUCAAGUGAGCCACCUGGUUAGUAAAUAAAAGCAGGAUUUAAAAAAUAUUCUAAAUUAUUGCAAAAGAUCUGAACAGAAAUUUAAAUUGCAAGCAAUACGCACUGAACUGAGCAGAAACCUCUUAUGAUCAAAUGCGUACUGCUGACCAGCUAUGCAUAAGAUUGUCCUGCUGGGUAUUAAAAACUGCUUUUACAGCGGUGCUACUUAGAGUUCUUAAGUGUUUCCUUUUUUUA